AUGUCCUCAAACUUCCAAUUUCCCCCGGGUCUCAAGCCGGCUGCGGCCCCCGGCCAGGGCGGUGGUCCUCAACAGCCCGGACAGGACGAAGAAGCCCGAGCAGCUCAAAUGCAGGCAAAACAGCAGGAAGAGGAGAUGCGGAGAGGGAUGUUAGGUCAGAUCCUGGAGCCUAGCGCUAGGGAGCGAUUGUCCCGGAUAGCAAUGAUCAGACCCUCUCAAGCCGAAGCUAUCGAGCGACAACUGAUCAACCUGGCCAGAUCGGGACAGUUGACGAGAAAGCUAGGAGAUGACGAGCUGAGGUCGAUGUUGGAACAGCUAUCAUCCUCGCAACCGAAACCUACCCAACAAUCUGCCGUACAGCCCAACUCUCGAACCAAGUCGCUAGGAGGGGGAAUCACAAUACAGAGGAAGAGGGAUGAAUCGGAUUCGGACGAAUACGACCUCUAA